CCUCUCAGCGUGAGCCCCGGCCAAUCAGAAUCGACUCGCGGCCUAUGUCACAGCCAAUCGGCUGACAAUCUACUCUUCUCGAAAACAUGUCGCCCAUGAAGCUGUGUGUUCCAGGUGACAAACUAUGCAGCGUAGAAGACUGUAUUCCCGGCACAGGAGUAUACCUGCGGCACGGCUACAUAUACUCCUCACUAGCAGGCUACGUUCUCAGGAAAAACGAGGGAGAGGAGUUACCCGUGAUUUCAGUGGUGAGGGAAACAGAAGCGCAACUACUGCCAGAUGUAGGAGCAAUAGUCACCUGUAAGGUGACCAGCAUCAACCCCAGGUUCGCCAAGGUCCACAUCCUCUAUGUAGGUUCCACACCACUGAAGGACCGCUUUAGAGGGACUAUCAGAAAAGAAGAUGUGCGCGCAACAGAGAAAGACAAGGUGGAGACAUACAAAAGCUUCAGACCUGGAGACAUUGUCUUGGCGAAAGUGAUUUCUCUUGGCGAUGUUCAGUCUAACUACCUGUUGACAACAGCUGAGAAUGAGCUGGGAGUCGUGGUGGCACACAGUGAAGCAGGUGCCCAGAUGGUUCCCAUCAGCUGGUGUGAGAUGCAGUGCCCUCGGACACACGCUAAAGAGUUUCGGAAAGUGGCUCGAGUGCAGCCGGAGUAUCUACAGGCAUGAGAACCCUGACACUUCUUUCCUCCACAAGGAACACACAGCUUCCCCCUCCCUCCUUCACUCAUUGUCGUUGAGUAGCCACUCGACUUCUUUGGGAUGUUUUCUGAGAGACUGGACGAUGUGGGAUUUGUUAGCUACUUCUGGUGCCAUGUCUUUCUUAAGUGUUGUUUUAAAUAGCUUUCCCUUUGCACAUUGUGUCAUCAUUUGAUUGUGCCAGCUUGAAACACUGAAGCAGCAUCAGACCAAAAUGCAAAACUGUCACGACGUACUCUAAACAAUGUAGUGACUGUUGUUAAAAGAUUUUCAGCUAAUUCAGGGCUGGUACGUUGCAGCUGCUAAACUCUUAAGAGACCACUAUGUUGAGAAGCUAAACAUAUCAGGAUUUUGCAUCUACAGAUGAAAGAUCUCUUUCACAGAUGCAGGAUUCAGUUUUGCUAGUUAGUGUUAUGGCAAAAUUUAGAUUAGCUGGUCACUUUAAGGAUGAAGCGUGUUGCUGGGUGUAAACAAACAAGAUUGAGAUUACAUCUCAUGCAAAGGUAAAAAAGAAACUCUGCAUUUUAAAACCGGAAAGAUCGCUGCAAAGGGCAGUGGCUGCAUUUGGUCUGAAAUAAGGGGGAUCUGACCAAAAAAGCUGCAUAGUGAGUGCUGCACUUUGGAUAUUUUAGUCUCCUGAGGCUCAUGUUUCCUUACACUAUUUCAGCUUUUCCAGUUUCAGAUAAACUGAUGGACAAAUGUUGUCCACACAGCAGUUUUAAAUGGAACAUGAAUGUGAUUGAGAGAGCCUAAUGUUCAAUCAGACUUACAACACAGCAACCAUGCACAGAAAACUGAAGUACCACACAUGAUAGUCAAAUAUUUCUCUCUGUCUUCCUGCACAUAAUAAAAACCACAUGAUUAUGAGCCCAUAACAAGCAAGCCGAAAUGUUUCCACCUGAUCUUUGAAGUAUAGUGUGCUUUGAUUUUUCUUACUCUCUCUUCACUUUGCAGCAGAUGUCAUGUGCAAGACUGAAAUAUAAUGACUAUCAAAACCA